AGACUCUCAGCCAGUCAGCGAGGACAUUUUGGGUUAUAAAACUACACUGCGCACAUCGCUGUAAAUGUCCGGGACACAAAUGCCGCCUUUUUUUAUGUGACUUCCUGAGAAGAAGGUGAACCAUUUUUUCUUUAUCAUUCAUCAUUCAUUCUCCAUUGAACCUGAAAGCAGCACAAGGACUGUGAGAUAGGAUUCCUAUCUGGUUAAACAAAUAGAAGGUACAAAGAACACGCUGCUCCACAGAACAGAGAUAAUUUUCCACACACACAGAGAUACACUAACAGUCCCAAGGGUACAAGGUGAAACAGCCAUGCCUCGCAUCGAGAACGACAUCAAACUUGACUUCAAGGAUGUGUUGCUCCGUCCCAAACGCAGCACGCUCAAAUCCCGAAGUGAGGUGGAUCUGAUGCGCAGCUUUACUUUUCGAAACUCAAAAGGCAGUUACAGAGGUAUUCCCAUCAUUGCUGCUAACAUGGACACGGUUGGAACCUUUGAGAUGGCUUUGGCACUGCAUUCGUUCUCACUUUUCACUGCCAUCCACAAACAUUACUCCAUAGAUGACUGGAAAGAGUUUGCAGCAAAGCACCCAGAAUGCAUAGAGAGUGUGGCGGUCAGUACUGGAACUGGAGAGACUGAUUUCGAGAGGCUUACUGAAAUUUUGGUGGCUGUGCCUCAAAUACAUUACGUCUGUGUCGACGUAGCAAAUGGAUAUUCUGAACACUUUGUGCAUUUUGUCAAGGACGUAAGGGAGAGGUUCCCUUCACACACCAUCAUGGCUGGUAAUGUGGUCACGGGAGAGAUGGUGGAGGAGUUGAUUCUCGCUGGUGCCGACAUCAUUAAAGUGGGCAUCGGUCCAGGCUCAGUGUGUACAACCCGUAAGAAGACAGGUGUGGGCUACCCUCAGCUGAGUGCUGUAAUCGAGUGUGCUGAUGCUGCACAUGGCCUGGGUGGACACAUCAUCUCUGAUGGAGGAUGUACCUGCCCUGGGGAUGUCUCUAAGGCUUUUGGUGCAGGGGCGGACUUUGUGAUGCUGGGUGGAAUGUUGGCAGGUCACUCUGAGAGUGGGGGUGAAACCAUUGAGAAAAAUGGCAAAAAGUACAAAUUGUUCUAUGGAAUGAGUUCUGAUACAGCCAUGAAGAAGCAUGCAGGAGGAGUAGCAGAAUACAGGGCAUCGGAGGGGAAGACAGUGGAGGUGCCAUAUAAAGGUCCAGUAGAUGUCACUGUGAAGGAUGUACUGGGUGGAGUUCGCUCCACCUGCACGUAUGUGGGAGCUGCGAAGCUGAAGGAGCUGAGUCGCCGUACCACCUUCAUUAGAGUGACUCAGCAAUUAAACAAUGUGUUUGGAACCAGUGACUAAGCCAUCAGUAUCGCUCAUGAGUGCUGGUCUGGUUUGUUAGUUACUGUGUAAGUUACUGUGCUGUAAUUUGUCAGAUUCAUACAAAAGAUUAGAACUUGUACAACUUUUGUAGCCAUUCUGUAGUAAUGACCUGACAUUCGCACACAAAAUACACAAAGUCACAAACUUGACAGAUUUUUUGGACAGCAUUGCUAAGAGAAAUGCUUAGUCUUUAUAUAAAGACAUAACUGUACAGUUGGACCCAAACUUUUCAUAAUAUAAAAAGUAUACUUGCUAUUAAUGUUCCAAAAGUUCAAGUUUUUAAAUGUUUUAGGAAAUUUAUAAAUGUUUCUAACAA